UUCACAUUACAAAUUAUACAAUGUGACAUAAUAAAGCUAAGAUUACCUUGAUCAGUCUAUCUUUGUUUACGUGUUUAUUUACCUUUGAUAUCUCUGACAAUAUAAUGUCUGUUUAUGAUUUGGUUGUGGUAGGAGCAGGAUUGAUAGGUUCUGCGGCAGCAAGACAUUCAUCACAAUGGGGCCGUGUAUGUUUGGUAGGACCAGAGGAACCAAAGUCACGAACACUAGAUGAUACGAGAGAUGUUUAUGGAGCUCAUUAUGAUGAAGGUCGAAUGACACGAUGUAUAGCACAUGAUCCUGUAUGGGCAACAUUAUGUCAAAAUUCCAUAGCUAGGUAUAGAAAACUAGAGGCCGACUCAGGUAUAUCUUUUUAUGAUGAAGUUGGAGCGUUAGUGCUUGGUGAAAAUAAUUCUGAAUAUAUGAACCAAAAUGAAAAUGUGAUAAAAACUCAAAAUGUUAAAAUAAGUAGACUGACAUAUGAUGAACUUAGAAAACAGUAUCCGUACUUAAAUGUUUCGCCCAGGGAUUAUGGUUUAUACGAGGGUACGAAUGCUGGUUAUAUCAGUCCACGAAAGGUUGUAAAGGCACAGAUCCAACAGGCUAAAUUAUACGGCUGCACUUUUAUCCCGGAAGUCGUUAAUGAAGUGUCUAGAGUUGUACAAGAUGGUGAAUAUUAUAUGCGCAUUAUCACGAACUCUACACAUAUACUGGCACGAAAAGUUUUACUGGCUACUGGAGCAUUUACUCCAUUUAGAAACCUUCUACCACGUGGACUGGAACUUGACCUAAAGUUAAUCCCGAUAACGGUGGCAAAGGUCGAGAUUUCCGACUUAGAUUUCAAGAAAAUAAAAGAAAUGCCUGGUAUGGUUUAUUUUGGAAAAGGUACUGAUGAUUGGACGAAGGAGUUUCCACGUGAUAAAACUGGUUUAAUAAGCUGGUAUAUGUUACCUCCAGUAAAAUACCAGGACGGUAAAUAUUAUAUAAAGCUAGGACAUUUUCACCAUGCUUUUCCUACACAUUUUACCACAAUCAAAGAAAUGAAAAGAUGGUUUUGUAGUACUGGGGAUAAGCACAUUGUUGACGCUACUGCUGAUUUAAUCGGUAAUAUUAUCAAAGGUGUCAACAGGGUUUCAUAUCAUGGAGAUUGUUGCGUUUUAACAGAAACACCAACAGAAAGACCCUACAUUGAUAUGUUACAUUCCCAACUUGGUGUUGCAAUAGGCGGAAACGGGUACGGUGCCAAAUCCAGUGAUGAGAUAGGAAGAAUUGCAGCGGCAAUGGUAUUGAAAAAUGAAUGGGAUUCAACUAUUCCAAGGACAGUAUUUCAGGCUAGAUUUAACGAAGUUGCUUCAAAGUUGUAGACCACAUACAGCUGUGUGCAAAUUUGUAAAUUAAAGAGAGUCAUUUUGAGAAUAAAUAUAAACAGAAUAAAUAGUGAAUAUAAAAUCAUA